GUCCAUAUUACUGUGGGGUGGGGGCAAACAGCGCGUACGGACGGGACAUCGUGGAGAGCCACUACAAGGCCUGCCUCUACGCUGGGGUCAAGAUCUGCGGCACCAACGCAGAGGUCAUGCCCUCUCAGUGGGAGUAUCAGGUGGGUAUCUGUGAAGGGAUCGAGAUGGGAGACCAUCUGUGGGUGUCGCGCUUCCUGCUGCACCGCGUGUGUGAAGACUUUGGGGUGCUGGCAACGUUGGACCCCAAACCCGUCAAAGGCAACUGGAACGGGUCCGGAUGUCACACCAACGUCAGCACCAAGCAGAUGAGGGAAGAGGGGGGGCUGCUGCACAUUGAGGCCGCCAUCGAAAAGCUGAGCAAACAUCACCAGGAGCACAUCAGGGUGUACGACCUCCACAACGGCCAGGACAACAUGAGGCGUCUGACCGGCAUGCACGAAACCUCCAGCAUCCAUGACUUCUCUGCCGGCGUGGCAAACCGAGGCGCCAGCAUCCGCAUUCCACGCCAGGUGGGCAAAGACAAGAAGGGUUACUUCGAGGACCGGCGCCCGGCGUCAAACUGCGACCCUUACAUGGUGACGGCGGCCAUUGCAGAGACCUGCCUGCUGGAGUCAGAAGAAGGAGAAUAGAAGAGGAUAUGUGUGUCUGUGGAUCACUGAGGGAUCCUUAAGCUUAUAAUCUAAUAGUUUGAAAAGAUCAUUUAAAAAUAUUAAAAGACAUUUAGCAUUAAAAGUUAAGAAACUGAGGGAUUAACACAGGAAACAGCUGCCAUGUACUGUUUGGGGCUGUUUGUAAAACCAUGCAGAGACACUCAUAUUAACCUGGUUUUACUUUGAAAAACUGGUACGUGUUUGUUUGAAGGAGGAAUAAAGACUCAACGAUGGGCUCUCAUCUUCCUGCUGAAGAUGAUUUCUCUUUACCGACUGAACCCCAAAAUGAC